AAAGCCCAGAGGGUAGAGAGGGAGCGGGCGAGAGAGAGAGAGGGAGAGAUGGGAAACCCUGAAAGGGCGAAGAAGAGAAAGAGGAGGGAGAGGGAGAAAGGUCAAGGUAUCCGAAUCGCUAAUCACAGAGCUCCGAUCUCUCUCUAAUGGCGAGGGCGAGGGCUCGGCUCCUCCUUAAGCGCUUAAUGGCGCCGCCGCCGCCUCGGAACACUCUCGCUCCGCCGCCUCAAUCCCCUCUCCGCUCUCUUCACCGAAAAGGCGGAGGCCCCCUCUCGCCCCUUUUGAGGUACCUCUCCACGAUUCCCGCGAUUAACGAUCCCUAUGAUCCCGGUUUCGUCGCGGGGGGGCGGAGAGAGCAACGCCAUGGGAACGUGUAUGAGUCUCAGGAGGAUGAAGAGGACGAAGAGGAGGCGGUUAGAUACAUCCCUGUUAAGGCCUACUUCCUCUCUACUAGUAUUGAUCUGAAGAGCAUGCAGGCUGAAAAUAUGUGUGAUGUGAUCCCUCCUACUUCUCGCUCAUCAAACUAUAUUGCCCUUCGUUACUCUGAUUUCCCGCUGGAUAUAGGGGUCAAAGACAACGGAGAUUGUUGCCGCUAUGUUGUUGUAUUCCAGUAUGGGUCAGCUGUCCUUUUUAACAUUGCAGAUCAUGAAGCUGAGCAGUAUCUCGACAUAGUUAGGAAGCAUGCUUCUGGGUUGCUUCCAGAAAUGAGAAAGGAUGACUAUGCUGUAGUCGAGAAGCCGUCAUUAUCGACAUGGAUGCAAGGGGGCCUUGACUAUAUAGUUCUGAAAAGUCUAGAUACUGACGGGAUACGGAUCAUUGGGAGUGUCCUCGGCCAAAGUAUUGCUCUUGAUCAUUACAUACGUCAGGUUGAUGAUAUGGUAGAAGAAUUCACAGACAUAAAUCGCAUCAUGGAGAAAACAGGAACCUUCAACAUGAAAAGAAAGAAGCUGUUUCAACUUGUGGGGAAGGCAAAUUCAAAUCUUGCUGAUGUGAUAAUAAGACUAGGCCUUUUUGACAGGUCUGAAAUUGCUUGGAAGAAUGCAAAUUAUGCUCAGAUUUUGGAGUAUCUUAGGGAAGAGUAUGAACUAAAUCAACGUUUCGGCAGCCUAGACUUCAAACUGAAAUUUGUGGAGCAUAACAUCCAUUUCCUACAAGAAGUCCUUCAAAAUCGACGAUCUGAUCUGCUGGAGUGGGGAGUCAUUAUAUUGCUGAGCAUUGAGAAUGUCAUCUCAAUGUACGAAAUUGUCAAAGAUUCAAACAUAAUCCCUUCCUGAGUAUUCCUUUUUUCAGAUUCUUUGUCCUUUUCUUUGUGGCACCAAUUGUGUCAUUCUUCUAACCGUGAAACUUCAUAGCUACUGAUUACCAUGGUGAUUUCUCUCUCAAGCCUCAGUAUUAUCUUGGUCGAUAAGUUACCAUCUCUUUCUUCUUAUUAUACUAACUUACAUAUCCAGCAAAUCCUUGAUUAGUGUUUGGUCCCUUUACUUCGGCAGUUCAAAUCUACCAAUUCUUGAUACCUCCUAGACGCAUCUCACAUUCGCCCUGAUACUAUUUGCUUCCUCUCUACCUUCCAGUAUUUAUUUCUUCUGGAAUAUUGUGGACAAGUUAAAGGGACCAAAAGGAAAAGCUUUCGACACACCGGAUAUACAGUUGUUUCCACCCCAUACAAAUUUUGAAAAAAAGACAGUUUUGAAGCACUAGGAAUAUUGCCCUUUGAUACAAUAUCAUUACAUUGUGUAGAUUGGCAUUGUCUCAUAAAUCUUUUGAAAUUGUAUGAUAUUUUGGGUUUCUUUACUCGGAUUGGCUCCUGCCUCGGAACAUAUAUAUUUCUUCUUCUUUUUUUUUAUGUUAAGGCUUGCUAUUUGGUGAUUUGUUGGAGCCCAAAGAAUAUGUAAGAACUCAUGUUGAGACACGGAUUAGAUUGUAAUUUCUGGCAAAUUCGGUCAAUUUAGCAAUCUUAUUUUUUUGCCUGGUGAA